AUGGCUACCCCUAGUGUCCUAGCUUUUGACGCUGAGGGUCGCGCCACUGACUUUGAGGUCUGGGUCGACGACCUGCAGCUAUUCCUAGACUCCCAGUGGGCCACGCGCGAUGCUGCUGCACGUCUUGCUGUGCGUCGCCACCUCCCUACCUCUGAGCGUGCGCACUUUAGUCAGUACAAGAGUGCUCAGACCUUGUACGACGCUGUAGUUGUACGCUACCCCUCCCCUGCCACUGCUGCACUGAGCCUCACUCGUCUCCCUGACUCCCUUCGUGUAGUCAGGGACCACUUCCUCUCAGUCUGUCCCACCACUCUCACUGUAGACCUCCUCGAGAAGUCCCUCCUAGCGGCCGAGAAGAGCAUAGUCGCUGUAGGGGCCUCUCGUGAUGACCCUCGCACCCCCAUCUUUGAGGGGUGUUCUCCUUCCCCCCUUUUGCCCUCUGUCGCCUCUGCCGCUGCGGCCGACCUCGUUGGUCUUGAGUCGGUCGGUGCGGCGUCUCCCCUUAGCGGGAGACGCCGCCCUGGCAAGGGCAAGGGGGGCAAGGGCGCGGGGGGAACUAGCGGGGGCGGUGGAGGUGGAGGUGGAGGCGGCGGAGGGAGUGGGGGUGGCGGUGGGAGUGGUGGCGGGGGUGGAGGUGUCGGUGGCAGCGGGGGAGGCGGAGGCGGCGGCGGUACUGGCGGAGGCGGCGGUGGUGGCGGAGGUGGAGGAGGCGGUGGUGGAGGUGGUGGAGGUGGUCGGGGUGGCGCUUCGCAGCGGAGCAGCACUGGUGGUGGUCAGCGCCAGCAGCAGCAGCAGCAGCGUUCUCGUGACAUCCCCCCCCCUCAGCAGCUCCGUGAGUGGUACACGCAGCGUCAACGUGGUGGGGGUUUUUGUCCCUGCACCUACGUCCUUCGCACCGGCGACCGCGCGGGUGAGCAGUGUGGGGGUGCCCACCCCACCCAGCGCUGCUUUGGCCGCCUGACAGACGCUUGGCGUCAGCAGUUCCCGGAGGCCACUGAGAUCCCCCGCUGGGGAGAGCUGUCUAGGGCAGGCGUAGCUAUCUAUGAUCUUGGCUUUGAUGCUAUCCUUGCUGCCAUGUAUGCUGUGACUAUUAGUGAUGAGGGUGACUGUUACCGGUGUUUCCCGCCCGACCCGGGCAUAGGUACUGGUGAGGCUACUGCUCUAGGUGCCAGUGAGUCUGCGCUCUCAGGUACUGGUGAGUCUGCGCUCUCAGGUACUGGUGAGUCUGCGCUCUCAGGUACUACGGCGGCUUCGGCCUCCCUCACCUUCACCCUUGACUCUGGAGCGUCUCGCUCCUUCUUUCGGGACCGCACCUCACUCACGCCGCUUAGUCGGCCGGUUGCGGUGUCUCUGGCUAACCCCUCUGGGGGUCCUGUCCUGUCUCGCUUCUCCACUGUCCUCCCGUGUCCGGCGGCUCCCUCUGGCACCCUGUCUGGUCUCUACCUCCCCUCGUUCUCUACGAACCUGGUGAGUGGUGCUGACCUACAGGAUGCGGGUGUCCACCAGUUCACUCCUGCGCGCCAGCGGGUGACCCACUGCAUACAGGCUAGCACAUGCCGACACCUAGCUACGUUUACCCGUCAGCCGGGGUCGAGCCUGUACACACUGACCACUGCGUCUCCUCCCGUUGCUGAGUCUGGUAGGGUAGCUGCGUCGGGUCAGGUGUUUGCUGCAGCGUCCAGGUCUGGUCCUGAGUCUGCCCCCUGUUCGUGUCGUCUCCUGUCUCACGAGACUCUCCUCUGGCACCACCGCCUUGGUCACCCCUCUCUGCUUCGGCUCAGAGGCAUGGCCUCCCGUCUUCUUGUGUCUGGUCUCCCCCGGUCCCUCCCUCCCCUUCCUCAGGGCCCUCGCCCUGCCUGUGUCCCCUGUGUCGAGGGGCGCCAGCGUGCUGCCCCUCACUCCUCCCAGUUUCCUCCGACAGAGGCCCCGUUGCAGACGCUUCACAUGGACAUGUGGGGCCCAGCCCGCGUCCGUGGACAGGGUCACGAGCGCUACUUCCUGCUCGUUGUUGACGAUUACUCGCGUUACACCACAGUCUUCCCCUUGCGCAGCAAGGGUGAUGUCACUGAGACCUUCACGCUUCCGGACUCACCGCAGCAAAAUGGGAUUGCUGAGCGCCGCAUUGGCAUGGUCAUGGACGUCGCUCGUACGUCUAUGAUGCAUGCGGCUGCCCCCCAUUUUCUGUGGCUGUUUGCGGUCAGGUACGCGGCGCAUCAGAUCAACCUUCAGCCCAGGGUCUCCAUGCCGGAGACCUCCCCAGCCCUGCUGUGGACGGGGAAGGUUGGCGAUGCGUCGGCGUUCCGAGUCUGGGGAUCUCGGGCGUUUGUCCGCGACUUGUCUGCGGACAAGCUGUCCCCUCGCGCUGCUCCUUGCGUCUUCCUGGGGUUCCCCCCCGACGCGCCUGGGUGGCAGUUCUACCACCCCACCUCUCGCCGUGUUCUGUCCUCCCAGGAUGUCACGUUCGACGAGUCGGUCCCCUACUACCGCCUCUUCCCCUACCGCACUCCGUCCCUCCCCCGGUCCCCGCUCUUCCUUGUACCAGUCGAGUCUGACGAGGGCACUGGUGACUCUGGUGCUGCUGAGGGUGCUGAGCCUAGGGGUGCUGAGACUGGGGGUGCUGAGCCUGGGGGUGCGGAGCCUAGCGGUGCUGAGCCUGGGGGUGCUGAGCCUGGGGGUGCUGCGCCUGGGGGUGCUGAGCCUAGGGGUGCUGAGCCUGGGGGUGCUUUGCCUGGGGGUGCUGGGCCUGGGGGUGCUGAGCCUGGAGGUGCUUUGCCUGGGGGUGCUGAGCCUGGAGGUUCUCCGGGUGCUUCGUCUCGCCGGGAGCCACUCUCUCCACAGGAGCUGCGCGAGUGGUUUGCCCGGCGCUAG